AAAGCCAUUUGUUAAAUGUAAAACAUGCCAUAACAAGGCACUCCAGGUGAGUCACUGCACCAUUUUAAUGUUUACAGAAAACGCUAGUCCACAUGUCAACUGAUGGAGGGAGCUUAUUUUCAUAGUAUUUACAGGCACUGAGGCUUGUUUCAGGUUUUGUAGGUUUAUGAAAACCUGAUACAAACUUGGCUUGUUAUUUAACAGCUUGAACUGUUAUUUCACUUUUUUAUCAUUAUUAUUAUUAUUAUUAUUAUUAUUAUUAUUAUUAUUAUUAUUAUUUAUCAGAACUCCUGUAGAACUGUAGAAAUUUCAGCAGAGCCCAAAGCAAUCCUCAUGCAGCUUCAGAAGUUAUAUAAUACAGCAAACAAAAGUGGUUUUAUGGUCACUUGUAAACUUGGAUGACCCCAGCAUUACAGGGUUUUCCCUUCAAUACCUAACCUACCUGCUAUACGACACUGUGGCUGUGAGCAAACUGACCUACAAAAAUGUCCAUAACAUAAAAACCUUUCAGUUGCUGGUAAAGUCCACCAAUCUUUGUAAAUGUUUAAAGGUGAAACCUGAUCAAGGACUGUGCUUUACUGCACUCCGGUACAUCUGAUGCUGUAGGACACCUGAAACAAUACACUGAUGAAUGAGUUCUGACCUCUGGGCAGAUCUUUGGGGUGAACAAUGCAGAUGAUGAAGUUCUUCCCUUGAGAAUAUUAUCCUGAAUGUGAAUUUUAUUGCCGGUACGAAGGUGACCAGAGUUUUCCUGCUUUUGAUAAGAGAAGCACAAGUAUUGAUAUGUUGAUUAUAGUGUAUGGAUUUAAACUCCUGACAGAUUCAUGGUGACCUCAGAGUGAAAAUCUCAUGAGCACUGUGAUUGCUCUAGUAUUACAAAUACACUAAAAACACGGGUACAAAUUAAAAUCAACCACCCUACACUGUUCAGAUGAUAAGCAUUAGAAUGAGGACCUUUUCCCCAGUUUGAGGUUUAUGUUUCAGGUAUUUGUUAAAGGAAACCUGCUUGCGUGUGUUUGUUAGACGUUAUGAUAAGAUGACAGGUUCCAGCCAGCAAACUCUAUCUGAACUUGCUCAAAUCAAAAAGGUGGAUUUGAGAUCUCCUUGGUUACCCUCCUUGUGUAGGGUGUGGCUUGUAUGAGAUAGCACUGCUAUGUAAAAGGUUAAAGAAAGAGAAGGCUUCCUGUGAAUCACUGCACCUUAUUGUAUGUCACAAGGCGCUUUCUCUUCCUCGGCCAGGUCUGCUGAUGAGAAUGGAGGCAAGUGGAACGGAGCUCUGGCUGUGUGUGUUGAUCGGAGCCGUCAGCGCCACACUGCUGAUGGUGGGAUGGAGUAGAAGUCACUUGUCGUGGUCAGUGGGGCUUGUGGUGGUAGUGGUGGAGGUGAUGCUGUGCUGCUGGAUACGGAAUGGAAGUGUGGCAGUGAUUCUGCUCAGUGCUGUCUGUGUCUGCUGCAUAAUCUACUUCAGUGCAGGAGGAAAAGAGGACAUGCUUCCUGUACGAGGCAAAGCAGUGCUCAUUACAGGUUGUGACUCUGGUUUCGGCCAUGAGCUUGCUAAAGUCCUGGACAAAGCUGGGAUGAAGGUAUAUGCUGGAGUGCUGGAGGAGUCUGGACCUGGUGCACAGAAGCUUAGGGAAGCUUCAUCCUCACAGCUCACUGUCCUACAGAUGGAUAUCACAAACAUCAACCAAAUCUCUGAAGCUCAUCAACUUGUCAAGAAUCAAAUAGGAGAGACAGGUCUGUGGGGACUGGUGAACAAUGCAGGAGUACUGGGACACAUAUGUGAUGGAGAACUUCUGCCCAUGAGAAUAUUACGAAAAAUCCUGAAUGUGAAUUUUAUUGCUGGUGCGGAGGUGACCCAAGUUUUCCUGCCUUUGUUAAGACGAGCAAAAGGAAGGAUUGUGUGUGUGUCCAGCAUGGCAGGAGAAGUUCCCUUCCCCGGCUUUGCUGCGUACGGUGCCUCUAAGGCAGCUGUGAUUUCUUACUACGGAGCUCUGAGACAGGAACUGUCCCGCUGGGGGGUGAAAGUGGCCAUUGUCCAGCCAGGAGGCUUCAAGACCAAUAUUUUAGGCAAUCAAGAGGAAUGGAGUAACAUUGAAAAGGAGAUCCUCAGCACCCAGCCCCAAGAGGUCAUAGAUGCAUAUGGAGAAGCGUACAUCUGCUGUAUGCAGCAGCGUUUAAGUAAUAUGACUGCCCAGUCCUGCGCUGAUUUCAGGCCAGUUCUAGAUGAUAUACAACACGGGUUACUUUCAGGAAAGCCAAGGGCCUUUUACCACCCGGGACCCACAGCCUGGGCCAUUCCGUUCCUGCAAAGGAUUUGUCCUACAUGGCUGUUUGAUGCCAUUUUUGCACAGCUAUUUGCGUAUAAGAAGUUCUGCCCAGCAGCACUGGCUUCCAAAAGAUGACCACUUUAAAUUGAUAAUACACACAGCAGUGUAACCUUAGUGCAUAUGUGCUACUGAGGACAACACUCCAGUGUGCAGGUAUGUGCUUAAGGCUAUACAAACACACACACACACACACACACACACAAAAGAUUCGGUCAGUGGUACUGAAGACCACAUGAUACAAAACAUGCUAAACAGGUUGAUUUGGAGUUAAUUCAAUAGUUUUCAUUGUGAAAAGUUGGCUCUCAAAAUCAUAUGGUCACUAUUGGAUUGGGGUCAAAUAUGCAGAAGAUGCUGGAAAUGCACAGAAUGUGCAGGACCUGGAAGAGCACUGGGCAGUUCAGCUGCUCAGGACAAACAAGGGAAUCAUGAAUAAUUCUCAAAAAAACCGUCCCUGUCCAUCUCGCUAACGCUCAGUACAUGGAAUCAAGCAUAUGUAAACAUUUGAGCUGGUUCAUUGGUGAAAAUUCAUUAUUAUUUUGUCUUGUGGAACAUGUGUAAACAUCUGCCAUGUGAAAUAGAUUAUUGAGGGCAGAACUAAAUAAAACAUAAGGUUGCAAUUUCUAAGAUUCCUCUGGUUUCUUUAAAAAUGACCAUUUUGCAGAUUCAGUGAGGGUUCUAUAAACUCUACAUGGCCUCUGACCAUUACAAUGAACUAGAUUUGAAAUAAAGCAAUCAAGAUGUUGACUUUCAGCUUUUAUAACAUCCCUACAUCUUCUCAGGCUUAAAAGUAAAUAGACACUUGACUGAUAAGCUCGGUAAUUUCAUGGCCAGGUGUGGCUGUGUUAGAGGUACUCUGUGUGGAACACUUAAAAAUAAGGAAAACAUUAACGAGUUAAGAGACACCAAAAUGCCUUGUGGUGGUGUAUAGAGGCAAAAUCUCACACACACACACACACACACACACACACACACACACACACACACAAGUGGAUCACUACAGUGCCCUGUAGUUCCAGUGAAAGGAACUCUUAAUGCUUCAGCUUCAUACCAAGACAUUUUGGACAAUUUCAUGCUCUUUGUGGGAACAGUUUGGGGAUGACCCCUUCCUGUUCCAACAUGACUGCACACCAGUGACCAAAGCAAGGUCCAUAAAGACAUGGAUGAGUGAGUUUGGUGUGGACACAGAACACCUUUGGGAUGAAUUAGAGUGAAUUUGUUCAUAUAGUGCAUGUUCUCUAUGUAGACAGACUUACAGAGCCUUACCUUUUCCUAAUUAUCCUGUGAUUUGCUUAUCAAUACUGUACAUACCUUAAAGACACAUUGCUGGUACAUUUUACUGUCUAGAAUCUAUAUUCAGUUUCUGUGUAUAUUUAACAUUAAAGAUGUUUGUGUCUAAUGACGAGAGAUUAUUACACUAACUCAUGAGUUUUACUUUAACAACAGGAGACUGAUCCACACUCGUUUCCACGAGUAUUUUUUUGGAAAUACCAAACCUUUAAAUUCCAAAUCUUGCCCAAGUACACAUCCCCAUACACUAGCCCUCGUCAUCUGUGGCCAGAAAUUGUGAGAUAAAAAAAAAUAAAACUAACCCAACACACAUUACAGUGAUGAUCAUAAACUCUUCCACUUAAAAUAAA